CAUAAACACAACAGCACCAAACAGAGAAAGCUUGUUCGUGAUAAAUCAAAGUUCUUUAAACGUAUCUCAAUCUACAGCGCCUCUACGCGCCGAAUCUUUGAGACUUUACCCAACUCGCUUCUUUUUUAGUUUUCAAGGAACCCCAGUUCACGCCAGAAUCAAUAAAGUCGAGUCGAUUUUGUACAAGUUUAUUUGGCCUCAAACUUGGUAUUCUUUGCUUUGGCACCGCAAGUCAUCUUUUGAGUUUUGCAAUUUGGCGAAAUGGGUUCGUGGCAAAUGGUUCAAUGAAGCAAACCCGGUUAGGGUUCGUGAAGUAUUGGGAAUCUCUUCAAAGCUGAGGUUGUUAGGAUUUUAGGGGUUUUGAUUCUACAUUUUUUGAGGAACAUAAACCUGAAGCAAGUCAGAGGAAUAGUGGUGAACUAGAUUGUUGGGGUUUUAGAUAAUAAGGUGUUUGGUGAGUUGUGUAUUGUGGUUUUGUGGAAGGGAUGCUGAGAUUUACAUUUUUGUUGGUAAUGUGAGAUUUUGCACCUGAAUCCACUAACUCCUAUUGAAAGUUGCGUUGUGGGUUUCAUUGAGGUUGUUUUAUAAAAGGGGAAGUUUUAGUGAUGGCUGUGUCAAGCAAAACUAGAACUAUGUUUGAGGGUCUAGUAGGAGAUGGGUCAUUCAAAUGGUUGAUUAGCAAGCGGACUUCAUUUGAUGAAGACUUUGAAGAGAUGGGGAGGUCUCCAUCUGGAGGGAGGAAUUGGAUAGCGGAGCUCUCGCCUGUUGCUAAUAUAAUUGUUCGCCGAUGCUCAAAAAUACUUGGCAUUCCCUCAAGUGAACUUCAAGAAAGCUUUAAUAAAGAGGCUUCUGAUUCAAUAAAGCAUCCAUCACGGUAUGCUAGGAACUUCUUGGAAUACUGUUGCUUCAGGGCACUUGCACUUUCUACUCAAGUAACAGGUCAUUUGGCUGAUAAAAAAUUUAGACGCCUAAUGUAUGAUAUGAUGAUAGCUUGGGAGGUCCCAGCAGCUUCAAGCCAACCUUUACUCAAUGUGGAUGAGGACGCUACGGUUGGGGUGGAGGCCUUCUCCCGAAUAGCUCCAGCAGUUCCAAUCAUUGCCAAUGUAAUUAUUUGUGAAAACCUUUUUGAGGUUCUCACAUCUUCAACUGGUGGUCGGCUUCAAUUCUCAGUCUUUGACAAGUACCUAACUGCACUAGAAAGAGCAAUAAAAAAGAUGAAGACCCAAUCAGACUCGUCUAUUCUAUCUGCCCUUCGAUCGUCAAGAGGAGAAAAGAUUCUGGAAGUAGAUGGGACAGUGACCACCCAGCCAGUUCUAGAGCACGUGGGAAUAUCUACAUGGCCAGGUCGAUUGACUCUGACAGAUCAUGCACUAUAUUUUGAAGCUCACCGUGUUGUAUCGUAUGAGAAGGCAAAAAAAUAUGAUUUAUCUGAAGAUCUAAAACAGGUUGUUAAGCCUGAAUUGACGGGUCCGUGGGGUACUAGACUUUUCGACAAGGCAGUCUUUUAUAAAUCAACUUCCCUAUCAGAACCAAUUGUCUUAGAGUUUCCUGAGCUUAAAGGGCAUACUCGUCGUGAUUACUGGUUAGCAAUUAUCAGGGAAAUUUUAUAUGUUCACAGAUUUAUAAAUAAGUUCCAUAUCAAAGGAGUUGAGCGGGAUGAAGUACUUUCAAAGGCUGUACUUGGAAUUCUAAGAGUACAAGCCAUUCAAGAAAUUAGCACUGCAAAUUCUGUACGCUGUGAGAAUCUCCUCAUGUUUAACCUAUGUGAUCAGCUUCCAGGUGGAGAUUUGGUUCUGGAAACUCUUGCAAACAUGUUAUCUGUAAGGGAAUUAGACCGGACUAACAGUUCCAGAGCUGGAGGUGAAAUGUACUCAAUCUCAGCGUUGGCUAUGAUUUCUAACUUAGGGUUUGUGUUUGGACCAAAUUCAAGUAAUCCCAAUGAGGCUGGGCUUGUUGUGGGUGAGAUAGCUGUUGGAGAGAUGAGUUCACUGGAAAGAGCUGUUAAGGAGUCUAAAAACAGCUAUAUGAAAGUUGUGAAAGCACAAGAAACAGUUGAUGGAGUUAAAGUAAAUGGCAUUGACACAAAUUUGGCAGUCAUGAAGGAAUUACUUCUUCCUGUUAUGGAAGUUGGACAGUGGCUUCUUUCUCUGGCAUAUUGGGAUGAUCCUUGGAAGUCUUCAGUUUUCUGUUUGGUUUUUGCAUUUAUCAUUUGCUGGGGAUGGCUGGGUUAUGCUUUGGCAUUGAUGCACAUCUUUUUCGCGAUCUUUAUGAUACUCACAAGAUUCUUUAACCAAGGCAAGCCUGUUGAUGAAGUUAAAGUAAUAGCACCACCACCUAUGAACACAAUGGAGCAGCUCUUGGCUGUUCAAAAUGCAAUUUCUCAAGUUGAACAGCUCAUCCAGGAGAGCAAUGUCUUUCUUCUUAAGCUGCGUGCCUUGCUGCUCUCGAUUUUUCCUCAGGCAAGUGAGAAAUUUGCACUUACCCUUUUGGUAACAGCAUUGAUUCUGGUCUUUGUGCCCUGUAAGUACAUAGCUGCACUGAUAUUUUUGGAGACAUUUACUAGAUAUUCUCCUCCAAGGAAAGCAAGCACGGAGAGAUGGAUGAGGAGAUUGAAAGAAUGGUGGUUCAGCAUACCGGCGGCACCUGUAAUUCUGGAAAGAGAUAAGGAAGACAAGAAGAGGAAGUGAAAGUACAUUUGUACAAGUACAUGUUUGUAAAGUAAUGUUUUGUUGGUUACCACUGUCUCAGUUGUGAAGUGUAAAUUUCAACAAUAAUAUGAAAGAAGAAACAUAAUAACCCACAUCAAUAAUA